GCUACAAUUUCUGGCAGAGAUCAGUUAACACAAUGCUAGACAGGCUAGUUGCCAAGAUAUUGAGACAGAAAUCUUACUCUGCGCAAAGUGCUGUCCUCACAGUGAAACGAUUACUGCAUGAUGCCCAGACCAGGAUUCACCCUUGCAUUUUGCAAGCGCUCGAAUGCAGGACUCCUGUUGUAGCAUUGGAAAGUACCAUUCUUACCCACGGAAUGCCACACCCACACAACAUCAGAACAGCAAAUGAAGUCGAGCAGAUUGUGAGAGAGAAUGGUGCCGUUCCAGCUACCAUUGGAAUUCUGAAUGGCAGGGUCCAUGUUGGCCUAACAGAGGAAGAACUUCAGUAUCUUUCUCAAAGCAAAGAUGCCCUUAAAGUAUCUCGAAGAGAUCUUCCUUAUGCCCUCAGCCAGGGUGCUUGUGGUGGUACAACAGUAUCUGCAACAAUGAUAGCUGCUCACAAGGCUGGAAUCAGGGUAUUUGUCACUGGAGGAAUUGGAGGAGUUCAUCGUGGUGCAGAAAUCACCAUGGAUGUCAGUGCGGAUCUGACUGAGCUAGGGCGUACCCCUAUUGCUGUGGUUUCUGCAGGUGUGAAGUCUAUCUUGGACAUUGGCAAGACACUGGAAUAUUUGGAAACUCAAGGUAUAUGUGUGGCCACAUUUGGGUCAUCUCGAGAAUUCCCAGCAUUCUUUACACCCAGAAGUGGGAUUAAAGCACCUUAUAAUGUAUGCAAUGUAGAGGAAGCAGCCAGCCUGAUAGACAGUAGUCUGAAGUAUGGCCUUUGUAGUGGGCUUCUAAUUGCAGUCCCCAUCCCGGAAGCCCAUGCAGCAUCUGGACAGGUUAUCGAAGAGGCGAUACACCAGGCUGUAACAGAGGCAAGAUCUAAUGGAAUUGUUGGUAAAGAUGUUACCCCCUAUAUUCUUCAAAGGGUUAAUGAACUGACCCAAGGGGAAUCCUUGAAAUUAAAUGUGUCUCUGAUCAAAAACAAUGCAAGAAUUGGAGCUUGCAUAGCAUGUGCCUUAAGCCAGAUUCAGCAAGGCAAUAAAAAAGCUAAUUCAGACCAGAACAAGAUGCUGUCAUCACUCUCUCGUCCUGUGGUGGUCGGUGGCAUCAAUGUUGAUUUCAUUGCAAAAUCAAAACAGAAAACAGUUGUGUUCAGUGAGCAGACCACACCUGGAACUGUAUACCAGUCGUUUGGUGGUGUUGGGAGGAACCUAGCAGAUUGCUUGACUCGUCUAGAUAUGAAUCCUCUUUUUAUCUCUGCAAUUGGAAUGGAUAUGCACUCAGAUUCAGUUCUUCGCUUCUGCAGUCACAUGGACAUGGCUGGUGUUGCCCGUUUUCAGGACCACAGAACAGCAACAUAUUGUGCUGUCAUUUCUGGCAGUGGAGAACUGAAGUUGGGUUUGGGUGACAUGGAGAUCCACCAGCAGAUAACGGAGCAGUAUGUUGCAACCUUCAGAAAAGAACUGUGCUCAGCCUCUUUGAUUUGCAUUGAUGGGAAUGUUCCUGUUUCUACCAUCGACUUUGUCUGUAGACUAGCAUGGGAGCACGGUGUAUCAGUGUGGUUUGAGCCAACAGAUGUUGACAAAGCUUGCAAGCCCUUCCUUUCUGACAGUUGGAAAUCCCUGACAUAUACAUCUCCAAACAUUGGAGAACUGAAAGCCAUGAAUAUGUCCCUUGGCCAGAGGGUUCCUUCAGAAAUGCCUGUUCUGUUGAAUGAUGUCAUUAAUACUGCACUGAUGCUGGCCAGGCCAUUGCUGGAGCAUCUAUUGUGUGUGGUGAUCACACUAGGACCACAUGGAGUUCUUCUGUGUGGCAGAAGUGAAGGAGGAAGAAUGCUGAUACAUCCACACAGAAAACAGAAUCCAAAAGGAAACGUAUGUGCUAUACAUUACCCUGCAAUCACAAUAUCUCAAGAAGAAGUGGUAAACGUUUCUGGAGCUGGUGACUGUUUUGCUGCUGGAAUGAUAGCAGGGAUCCUUUCUGGGAAAGAGAUGGACACCUGUGUGCGUAUGGCACUCUUUGCUGCUUUACAUUCCCUGAAAUCAAAUGAUGCUGUAUCCCCAAAAAUCAGCCCACUCACAGUUACCCCACAAGGUAAUACUGCCCAGUGCUUGCCAGAUGUAGGACCUCGAUGGAUAAAGUACUCUCAAACUAACAACUUGGAGGAUAUACUAAUAUGAUAAUAUUCGAAUGGAUGUGUCCUGCAUGACUCACAAAGUCAUUUUUAAUUUCAUUGUCUUAAGUUUCAUUAUUAUAGUUGGAGAAGGGUUGGCUUUUUUCUGCAAAACAGUAUAAGAUUCAGCACCUGGUUCUAAUGAAAGAUGUACAUAUCUUUUAAAAUAUAU